UCGUGUGAACGCGCGCGCGAACGAGGGUGGUUUUUCGAUAAACCAUUAACACGUAACUAUUUUCAUCGAAUGGUAUUAAAUUUUUAGCCGUGCUCGUACGAAAUACACGUAGAAAGAGUGAAUUGUGGUAAAGUGAAGUGACGCUCUUGCUGCUGGAAUAUCGAGCGUCGCGGUGGCCGCUACGAGUUCUCUCGGAAGCCCAAACGGAAAUCUCUCACGAUAAUGGCGUACUUUCCGACGAUCCGUGUUUUUUUUUCACGAAGUCGCAUCAAUUCGCUUUCAAUAUUAUAAUACGCUUGUAUUUCUGUUUUCCGCGCAUUCGCGUUCUGUCGAUAUCAAUGGGAAAUAUUUGAAGAUAAAAAAAGCGUUCGAAAUAAUUGUGAGAACUUUCUAUAGCCGUCUUGCCAGUUUCUUUCUGUUCACCCUUGUAAUGUAUACUUAAUGUGUAUUUUAGUUCAUUUUCUAAUGAGAACGAGAAUAUUCUUUAAUACGUUUUAGUGCCGCUGUCAGUGCUUCAGGCAAAAAAGACGUGGAUCAACAAUGGGCACGUUAAUGACUAUAAAAGAGACUAUACGGUAUCCUCUUAAGCCUGAAAUAGAGGCGAAGAGUCCUGCGGCGUAGACAUGGACUCGUACGAUCUGUUUGGUGAAGAUGUUAGUGGCUCGAUGCUUGAUGCUCUUCCUGAUCUUGGGGGGAACGAUCAUUUUGACCCUACAGGCACGAAUAAUUCUGUGGUAGUAUCUAGAGAUGGUUCAAAUCCUGGCGUUAAUGGAGGAGGGAGUUACAUUAGUCAAUCUUUUAUAUCUCAAGAAUCUCCACUUCAAAAAUUAAGUACAUUCGGUGGAUCUGAAUUUGGAAGUUCUAAUCAAUUGCAAAAUCCAUCACAGCGCAACAUGUUUAAUCAAAAUCUUGGAACAUUUGAUAGUAGUGCACCACAGCGUGCUAUGGUGCCAGGAGCAUUUCAAAAUCAAGCUCGAAAUAUGGCACCGCAACAUAGAGGGCCUCAUCCUGGGAGUGGGGGACAGUAUCCUAAUUAUAAUGAUAAUAUGUAUUCAAUGGAGCAGCAACAUUCAAUGACAAGAGCAAAUAUGUCUAUGGAUCCAAGUAUGCAAGGUUGGCCAAGUAGUAGUGGUGCAUAUCCACAAAUGCAGAGACAUUAUAAUCAGAUGGCGCCACAACCUGGUACUUAUAGACAGCAUAUGCCUCCACAGUAUUCUCAUCAACAAGACCAAAGUGGAGUUAUGAAUCAAAAAUUACAGCAACAGCAACAUUUUGGCAAUCAGCAAGGCAUGAUAGGAAAUAUGGGUGUACCGCAUCAAGCAAUACAAGCUGGUGGAACAGGUAGUGUGUAUCAACAUAUGGUUGGGCAACAACAACAUUACCAGCAAGGAAACUCUGUAACAAUGUAUCAAACAUCUCCUGGCUAUCCAGGUUUUGCCUCGGCCAUCCAUCAACAACAACAGCAGCAGCAGCAACAACAAGCACAGCAACCACCGCAAAGAAUGCCACAUCAUCAUCCAUCUCAUCCAAGUCAUCAGGCACAUCCUUCACACCCUCAACAAUAUCCGCAACACUCACCGCAUCCAAAUACACAACAGCAGCAGCAACAACAGCAGCAACAACAGCAGCAGCAGCAGCAGCAGCAGCAACAACAACAACAACAAAUAGAUCCUCAAUAUUCUCAUCAUGCGACUUCAAUGUUUAAUCAACCGCAACAUUCUGGAACAACAACUCAGUUUGGCACAGCUAAACAUGCCACAAGUCCGCAAUAUCGUGCGACUUUCCCGCAAUUGUCACCUCAGAUGUCACCUAGGCCACAGAUGUCGCCACGGCCACCAGCAGUGCAACAACAAAUGUCUCCUAGACCAAUUAUGUCACCGGCUAAACCUAAUACAUUAUCUCCGCAUCCACACGUUCAACUUCCACUUCAACAACCAACUCAAUCUGGUACAAUAUCUGUGUCACCUUGUCCUCCAAGUUCAAUACAAAUAAAUCCAUCAUCGCAACAAACUACCCUUCAAGCUUUGGAGCAAAUGGUAAUACCAGGCGUUGCUGCGUCAAAUUCAAAUGUUCCGAACCAAGACUAUAAUCAAUUUCAGGCACGCCCAACAAUGCCCCAAGCGCCAAAUGUUUUAUCUCAGUCUACCGCACAAAAUUCUAUGCCACCUAUCACAGGUCCUAGAAUGCCAAUGCCUGCUCAGUGGUCGCAUCCACAACAGCAACAGCCUCAAAUAAGGCCAAGUCUGAACGAAGAUAGAAGCAUAGUAGAAACUCAACCACCGGUAUCCGAACAAAGCACACCAAUGUUUUCUGUAACUGGAACAGAAACUAUUCAUAGCGUUGCAGAAACUACAACUAGAGAUUCUGCAGAUCCAAUUCAUAACCCGAUCGAACCUUCUAAAUCUGAAAACGAAGCGUUACAUCAAAAUGUUCAGGAUCAGCAGCAAGAUGUGUUGAAUCAACAAACUGAUACUUUAAUGCAAAAUAAUUCGCAAAAUAAUUCACCUUUGGAACAUUCAUCCGGAAGUAUCUCUCAGAUAGAAACUGUACAGUCUGUACCGGCAUCUAGUACAAAUGGAAAUGUUGAUUGUUCAAAUUUAGCGACAUUGUCUCAGCAACCACAGAUGUCAACUCAGAUUCAAAAUCCUGUUUCUACUAUUGAAAGCCAAAAUCCGUGUGAUACAAAACAACAUGAUCCACAUUUAGAGAUGAAUUCAGUAAAUCGUCCACCAGCUAAUAAUAAUGCAACUGCACAUCCUCAACCCGCAGUUAGUAGUCAGGCAACACAGCAACAGCCUAUUAAUUGUCCACAGCAACAAGUACAACAAAUUCAUAUAAAUCAAUCUCAGGUAGUACCGACGCAACAAUCUCCGAUACAGUCUCAACAGUCAUUGCAAUCUUCACAACCAUCGCAAAUAAAUCAAGUACAACCUCAAAUAGGUCAAGCACCACCGCCUCAACAACAAAUCAAUCAACAGUUACAGCAAAUGAAUACUCCUCAACAAAUUCCAAUUGUCCAAUCUCAACAAACUGCAUUAAAUCAAACGCAACAGCCGCAGACGCAAAUUUCUCAAUCCCAGUUGUCACAGCCACCGCCUCCUCAGUCAGCCCCACCUUGUGUAACGCAAGUUCAGACAACACAGCAAUCUCAACCACAUAUGACCCCGCAAGUUGGUAUAAUGCCUCAAAAUUCACCAUUGAUUUCGUCUCAAAUGCCACAUCAACCACAGUUACAAUCUUCCAUACAAAAUCCAACUCCGCAAUUGCAAAACCAAACUAAUCAAGUUCCACCUACGCAUUUAAAUGGUCAACAAAUAGCUACGGUUAAUCAAACCAGUGCUAUGGUACUACCUUCUCAUCAAACUGCAGUGUCAGUGCCAAAUUCACAACCUCCUCAUCAAGUACAAGCUUUUCCAGAAUAUACAAGUAUCCCAAAAAGUACUAUUUAUCCAAAUGACAUGCUCGUGGGUUCUGGUCAACAAUAUCCUCCUAGUGGUGAUAUAAUUAGUGGAAGUACUAUGCCAAAUAUAUAUAAUAUGCCACAAAAUCCAACAUCAACAGCAGUUACGUCUGGUGGUUUUGCUACUUCUUGUACUCCGGUUACGCAUCAUCAGGAAAGAGCCGCGUUGCAACAACAAUUACAAGAAUUGUAUUGUAUGCCUCCAGCCACUGAAAAUCAAGAGAAAAUUGUAGCUUUACAAGAAAAGUUGCAAGCAUUACAACAGCACGAAACUAAUGACCAAUGUAAUGGUGGACCUCAAUGUAUACUUCAAACUCCUAUGUUUACAGCAGCUGUUGUCGAUAGUCCACAGGUUUCCAGCACUACUGGUCGUGGUCGUAGUAAAGGUACACCCAGAACUAAAAAGAGUAGAAAGAAGGCUGAUAAAGAAGCUGUUACUCCUACACCGAUUACUCAGCCACAGCCAGAACAACCGCUAUCAGAUAAUCAAGUAACUCCUGGAGAUAGUAGCAAUAUUGUUGAUAGUGCUGCAGAUUCUGAGGAUAUCAAGCCAUCAUCUGGCGAUAUGGAGGAGGAAUGGAAUAAAGGCAGAAAGUCACGACCUCCUAGAAAACCGCGUAAACCAAAGGAACCAAAAGAGCCAAAAGAGCCAAAGGAACUAAAGGAGCCGAAAGAACCAAAAGAAUCGAAAGUUAAAAAAGAGCCAAAACCUCCGAAAGAAGGGAAGUGUCCUAAAACACCCAGAAAGAGAAAUAAGGAUAAAGAUUCGACAAAACGUAAUAGAAAAAAAGUUAAUCAAUCUGAAUCAGCCGAUGAUGAAGUUAUACAAGAAACAGAAGAGACUACAGUCUCCGAUUCAAGUGCAGUUAAAGAAACAGAUACAAAACCGUCUGAGCCGUCCAUUCAAGGUGAUCCGGAACAAGUAGACUCUUCAACCACUGAACCUUUAGUAAUUGAAACAAAAGAUGAAACUAAACAAAAAGGAGAAUCGGAAGAUGCCUCAACGGAUGAUAAGAAAGAAGAAAAUUCGGAAGCUGCUCCUGUUGCUGAAACUGCUACACCUAAUAAAAAGAAAGCUGCUGCUCGGAAAAGAUCAUCCGUUGGGAAAGUUUCGGCAGGAAAAUCUCCUAGAAGUUCGAAAAAACGUAAAAGUCGAAUUGCACCUGACUCUGAUGGCGAAGAAUUAGCAGCAACGCCUCCGCCAUCGCCCGAAGCUGGAGAUGAUAAUAAAAGACGUUCCGCGAGAAAUACACAUCGCAAAAAAUAUGUUGAUGACGUAAUGCUUAGAUUUUCCGACGACGACGUACCUCUUCAGGAUGCCCAGCUUUCUAAGAAAGUAGAAGGUACAAACGCAACAAAGCCUGUUUCUGUUAAAAAGGAUAACGAAGGUGGUGAAGUUGGGCCUAACAAGCCUAACUUUGUAUAUAUAAAUACAACGGAUGAAGAUUCUAUGGUUGUGCAACACAUAUUAUGCUCUCGUAUGGGAAAAAGGGAAAUGAAAUCAACAAUUCCAGAAGUAAAAGUGGAAUCGUCUGUUGAAAAAGAUGAACAUACUUCGAACGCAGCAUCCGAUACCAAGGAUAACAAGGAAGAAGAUCAAACGAAGGAGGAAACGAUCGAGAAACAAUCAGUCUCGGAUACAGAAAAUAAAGAUUUAAAAGAUACCGACGUGUCUGAAGAUAAAAAAAGUAACGAUGUUGAUAACGCAACAAAAGAUAAGGUCAAACACGACGAAGAGGUUACAGAGUCUAAGCAAGAAAACACAGUGGUAGAAGUAAAACCUCAAAUAAUAGAAGUUGAGGAAUAUUUUGUUAAAUACAGAAAUUUCUCGUAUUUACAUUGCGAAUGGAGAACCGAAGAAGAAUUAUACAAAGGCGAUAAACGAAUUCAAGCGAAAUUGAAAAGAUUCAAACAGAGACAGCAACAGAAUACAAAUAUUUUUGAAAAUACCGAGGAUGACCCGUUCAAUCCAGACUUUGUGGAAGUUGAUAGAGUACUUGAUGAGGCAACACAUACUGAUCCAACGACUGGCGAAACUUUAAAACACUAUUUGGUUAAAUGGCGGUCUCUUCAAUAUGAAGAUUCUACUUGGGAGUUGGAAGAGGAUGUUGACCCAGAAAAGAUAGCUCAGUUUGUGAAAUUUAAUAAAUUGCCGCCGAAAGAUCAGUGGAAGCCAAAAAAGAAACCACCUGCUUCGGCGUGGGUAAAAUUGGAAGAGUCGCCAAUUUAUAAAAGCAGUAACAGUUUACGACCAUAUCAAUUAGAAGGUCUUAAUUGGUUGCUAUUCUCAUGGUAUAACGGGCAUAAUUGCAUCCUUGCGGAUGAAAUGGGUUUGGGCAAGACCAUCCAGUCUUUAACAUUUGUGGAUGCGGUGUACAAGUACGGAAUUCGUGGACCAUUUUUAAUAAUAGCACCUCUUUCAACCAUUCCAAAUUGGCAACGUGAAUUCGAAAGUUGGACCGACAUGAACGUCGUAGUGUACCAUGGAUCCGCAGCGAGUCGGACUAUGCUUCAAGAAUACGAAGUUUAUUAUAAGAAUGAAAAAGGGCAGCAAAUUAAAGAUUUAAUUAAAUUUAAUGUACUAAUUACUACAUUUGAAAUAAUUAUAACAGAUUUUAAUGAAUUACGAGGAUAUAAUUGGAGGCUUUGUGUUAUAGACGAAGCUCAUAGACUAAAAAAUAGAAAUUGCAAGUUACUUGAAGGUCUUAGGCAAUUGAAUUUAGAGCAUAGAGUGCUUUUAUCUGGUACACCUUUACAAAACAAUGUCAAUGAACUUUUUUCAUUACUAAACUUCCUUGAACCAAUGCAGUUUUCUAGUAGCGAAGCAUUCCUUAAAGAAUUUGGUAAUUUGAGUAGUGAAACUGAAGUUCAUAAAUUACAACUUCUUCUGAAACCAAUGAUGUUACGUCGGCUUAAGGAAGAUGUGGAAAAAUCAUUAGCCCCAAAGGAAGAAACAGUGGUUGAGGUGGAAUUAACGAAUAUACAAAAGAAAUAUUAUCGUGGCAUCCUAGAAAGGAAUUUUUCUUUUCUUGCAAAGGGAACCACAUCAGCUAACAUUCCGAAUCUCAUGAAUACAAUGAUGGAAUUAAGGAAGUGCUGUAUUCAUCCAUUCCUACUUAAUGGCGCAGAAGAUCAAAUACAAUUAGAUUACAAAACUGGCGAAAAGGAAGAUUCAGAAGCUUACUAUCACGCACUGGUAAACAGUUCUGGAAAAAUGGUUUUGAUCGAUAAAUUAUUGCCGAAGCUUAAAGCUAGUGGACACAGAGUAUUAAUAUUUAGUCAGAUGGUGAAAUGUUUAGAUUUGUUGGAAGACUAUCUCUUAUACAAAAAGUAUCCGUAUGAAAGAAUCGAUGGUCGUAUUCGAGGAAAUUUGAGACAAGCCGCGAUUGACCGUUAUAGUAAACCUGACUCUGAUAGAUUUGUUUUUCUUCUUUGUACCAAAGCUGGUGGUCUUGGUAUUAAUCUUACAGCGGCGGAUACUGUUAUUAUAUAUGACAGCGAUUGGAAUCCACAGAAUGAUUUACAGGCUCAAGCGCGAUGCCAUAGAAUUGGUCAGCAAAAGAUGGUGAAAGUAUAUCGAUUGCUUUGCCGCAAUACUUACGAAAGAGAAAUGUUCGAUAAAGCUUCUUUGAAGCUCGGAUUGGAUAAAGCUAUUUUACAAUCGAUGAAUACGAGUCAAGGAGGUAAAGAUCCCAGCAACAAACAACUGACCAAAAAAGAAAUAGAAGAUCUAUUAAAAAAGGGCGCAUAUGGUGCUAUUAUGGACGAUGACAAUGCUGGAGAUAAGUUUUGCGAAGAAGAUAUAGAACAAAUACUUGAACGAAGGACGCAAAUCAUAACGAUAGAAGCGGAAAAAGGGUCUACGUUCUCGAAAGCCAGCUUUGCAUGUUCAUCCAAUAGAACUGAUAUUAAUAUUGACGAUCCAGAUUUUUGGAAAAAGUGGGCAAAAAAAGCGGAAAUUGAUACGACCGAGAAAAAGGAAGAGGACGAAUUAGUAAUAUCGGAGCCGAGGCGAAGGACACAAAUUAAACGAUACGGUCACGAUGAAUCCGUCGUCAUGUCAGAUCUGGACAGUUCGGAGGAUAAUAGCGAUGAUGAAACAAGUAGUGGGUUAACAGGUAGAGGUAAAAAACGAAGAGACAAAUUUGGUAAGAAGACACGGAAGUUCUGCGACGAAUAUGUUCCCCGUGAGGGUGAAGUGGUGUAUGGCAGCUGGGCACGAAGUGAAUGCUUCAAGGUUGAACGUGGUUUGCUAACGUUUGGUUGGGGCCGAUGGGAAGAGAUCCUUCAACACAGCCAAUUCCGUCGAGGAUGGCGUGAAGUCGACGUCGAGGAUUGUGCACGAGUCAUUUUACUUUAUUGCCUUCGUUAUUACCGUGGCGAUGAAAAGAUUCGUAACUUUAUUUGGGAUCAUAUUACACCUAUAGAAAAUGGUGAAAAAAUCAAGAACGUGUGUAUUAAUGCUAGCGGAAGGAAUAGUAGACAAAAGAAAAAAGGUCGAGUCAGAGAGGGUAGAGAAACACGUGGAUCGAUCAUCAACGGUGGUCCGAGUGAUCCUAAUCAUUGGAGCAAUGCCGAAAAGUACGACGGAGACAUAUUUCUCGAAAGUAACUACAGGAAACAUUUAAGCCGCCACGCAAAUAAAGUACUGUUACGCGUCCGAAUGCUUUACUAUAUUAAGCACGAGAUCAUCGGGGAUUUAGUUCAACAUAUUUCUGACGGCGUUCAUGUCAGUGCGUUGCGGAUAAACCCUCCACAGUUGACGGAACGACCAGUGAAAUGGUGGGACUCGCAAGCAGACAAAUCCUUAAUAGUUGGCUGCUACAAACAUGGCUACGAGAAUUACGAGCAGAUGAGGAUUGAUCCCGCUCUUUCUUUCAUUACAAGCUGCCCUCCCCCUUCCCAGUCUCAGAUUAUACGAAAGAACAGCAGCAGCAGAGAUGAUACUAGCUUAGAGAACGACAUGGAAGAUGGGGAAUCACUUGGAAUGAUGAAAGAUCUAAAAGAUUCUGAUAAAUUUAAUCGAGAAACGCCUACUGAUUCACCUGGUAUGUCUAACAAGGCAGAUACACCUAUACCAGAACCUAGCAGCAGCCACGAGGGAAAUGAUGGUCUGCUAGAUGAUGAAAAGACCUGGCCUUCUGUAGUUGACCUUAAUACACGCUUGCGUCGAGUAAUUUCUUCUUAUCAGCGGAGUGUGAAAAAAGAAGACGUAAAAAUAUUACAAAAAUCUAAGACGGGAAUGGAAGGCGACACGACUAUAAAUCAUACCACUUCAAUGAACGAGCCGUCUUUAAAUAUGCAAGGAUGGGACUUGCAACAACUUGCUAUGUAUCUUUUGAAAAUGGAAAGAAGGGAGAAAAUGGAAGCCAUGGUUAAAGAAAGGGAACGGACUCGUAUCGAAGAACAAAAAGCAAAAUGGUCCCGCCGUGAGGAGAGUGAAUUUUUACGAGUUGUAUCAACGUACGGUGUUAAUUACGAUAGAAAAAAAGCACAAUACGAUUGGACUAAAUUUAAAAGUAUUGCUAGAUUUGAUAAAAAAACCGAUAAUGACCUUACCGAUUACUACAUGUCUUUUCGAGCAAUGUGCAAGAAAGCAUGUAAUGCUAAGUUGAACGAUGAAGAAGAUUUUUCAGACGUUCCUGUUGAUCACCUCAGCCCAACAAAAGCAAGACAAAUAUUAGAUCGCGUAGAUCUUUUAAGUAAAAUUCGCGAAGAAGUUUUAUCUCAUCCCCAUUUGGAGGAACGACUUUCAUUGUGUCAACCAUCAGAUGACACACCCGAUUGGUGGCAACCUGGAAAGCACGAUAAAGAAUUACUGCUUGGAGCCGCAAAACAUGGCUUAGGGCGUACCGACAUAACUAUCUUGAAUGAUCCAGAUUUUUCAUUUCAUAAACUUUUGAACAAAAAUAUGUACGGUAAUAUUCAAACGUCUAAAAUCAUAGACAAAUCUGAAAAAGCAAUUAAAAUUGAGAAUAGGGAGGAUAUAUUAAAGUUCGAUAAAGAUGAAAUACUUGUAAAAUUGGAGAAGGGCGAAGGGACCUUAAAAAUUGAGAAAGUUGGCGCAAAAAAAGAUAAAGAUGUGAGUACAACGGACAAAAGGGCGGAAAAUGUUGAUUCGGAAAAGAGUCAGGUAGAACUGACGAUCAUUAAGGCUGAAAAUAAAACCGAAGAGAAAUCUAUCAGUAAUGCGUUAACAAUCACAACCAUUGCGAGAAAUACACCUCUGGAUAAAGAACAUGUCACAAAAAUAAAAACCGAAGAGAAAAAUGAAAUUAUAAUAGAAUCGGUCAAAGGUGAAGUUUCGAAAGCUGAACAGGUUACGGGAAUUAACAAAACCGACGAAACGAAAAUAAAUAAUGCGACGGUAAAUGUUGAAGACACUGUAACUACAGAAACGGAGAAAGAAAAUCAAAAUAAGGAGAAAGAUUUACCGAAAGAAAUUGAAAAGGAAACGCAGGAUGAGAAAUCUGACGAGUCUCGUACGCAAAAUACAUCGAACGAGAUGAGUGAACAAAAUUCAACGGAACAGAAAGAUCUUACAGAAACAAUAGAAAAGUUGACAGAAAGUAAUGAAAAUAUCAUUUCCGAGGAUAGCAAAACGAACGUAAAAACUGACCUACCAGCUGUUAAAGAGGAAAUAGAAACUCAAGAAGAAAAAACAAUAGAAAUGUCUAGGGAUAAAGCAAAGGUGUGCAAACUCGAAGAUAAAUGUAGUGUUCAAGCAGCAGAACUUAAAGCAAUGUUUCCUGAUUUGGAAGUUAUUCAACCUUUGUCACGAUUAACACAAAUUGAUACGUUUGUUCUUCGAGACAAAGCGACAGAUUAUAAUGAACCAACGGUUGUGCAUCUUUUGUCACACAAUUCUAACAGUGCUGUAAAAUGGCCAAAGGAACAUGCUAUCGAAGCUCGUUUAAUGCAUAUCGUUCAUGCGAUCGAGCACAAAGAAUGGCCUGUGUCUUUAAACUUUAGCGCCGGUGAUGAAAUAGAUGUUCCCUUAAAUGAAAAAGAAUGUUCAGAAGUUAUAACUAUAACUACAGAUCAUGGAGUAUCGCGGAACACGACGUCUGGCAAUAAUAUGCCGUUAUCGAAGAAACGCAAAAGGCAUAUUGCGAUUGACGUUGAAACUGAAAGGGCGAAACUCCAUGCUCUGUUGAAUAGUAGUCACACAACUACUCAACCACCUACGACUUUAAGUAAGCCUGCAGUAUUGUCUGGAUCCAAUACUUGGGAAAUAAAUGACGAAUCGCCGUCCGAAGAAUCGAGACGCUCAACGCCGGUUCAACCACCUCCAGCUCAUCAACAAGCACGAACACCGAACAUACCUUUUGAUUUAAAGUACACAGUUCCAGGAAAACCGACUGUAAUUCCUGGAACAUCCAGUACUUUAACACCUAUUGACUUAUCUGCUGGAUAUCCGAAACCGAGCACCGAUAAUAGUAAAGAUAUUAUGAAUGAGGUUCAAGACUUUUCAAUGCCAAAUAAAAAUAAACAAAUUAGCAGUAAUAAAGGAAAGUUAGAUAGUAUGUUAGACAAAUUAAUGAAGAGAAAAAGUUGUCCGACGGACGAACCUGUUAUUGGAAAAGAGAAAAAACGUAGAAAGCUUGAUGAGAUAGUAUUAGGAUUGAGUGCAGCAAAAGAGCAACAAAGCACUCACUAUCCUGAACACAAUAAAAAGAGUACAAUUACACCGAAUGUAACUGUUACUCCAACAUCCGCACCAAUGGGUCUUCCUAAUCCUCCAACAAGUACUCAGAAACCAUUUUCUAUUACUGUUACAUCUAUUCCUUCUUCGCGAGCAUCAAGCUCUACUUCUGGAUUACCUCCUCCAUCGUUACAUUCGCACAAAGAUAGCUUCUCUGCUUUAAUUGCUCAAGCGGAGCAACAAAAUCGCGAAUUUAAGAAACAGCAACAUCAACAACAGUCUCAACAGCAGCAACAGCAACAACAACAACAGCAACAGCAACAACAACAACAGCAUCAACAACAAAGUUUCAAUUCAGCACAUUCCUCGUCGUCAAGCAGUCAUAGAAAGAGUCAUUACGAAGCAAUGAUCGCUGACAUUAAUAAAGUUGCUGAAUAUUCAUCAAAAAUUGGAUCCUAUUCACACGAAGCUAAAGUAAACAAAUGGUUAGCCGAACAAACCGCCAUGUCUGAACAGCUGAGUGCGGAAUAUUUAAAUGCACCUAGACGACGACGGCCACGUGUCGAUCCAUCCUUAUUAGAUUGGAAAAAAUUAACGGGUGAAGAAAAUGUUGCUGUAAUUAAUAGAUUAACAGGCAAAAAGGUUACUGGCAGUAAGGCUCCGCAACUGAAACGAUUAGGUCAAUGGUUAAUUGAAAAUCCAAUGUUUGACGUAGAUCCGAAAUGGGCUGAACUUGUGAAAGAACGUGGUAACCUUCCACACGAUUUGCAAAAGAGAUUAUCAGGAAAUGAUAGAAGUAAUGUUAAUAAGGGUAAGAGUCCAGGAAGACCUCCCAUGAUGCCGAGUCCUACUAGUCAGCAAUCAGCAAAUCAAGCCAAUUUGGCAGCUACGUCGAUGGCUUCAGGCCUAAACUUCCCUUCGCUGGGUAAUUUAAACAACUCGCUUCUGUCUGGACUUUCUCUCGGCAACUUUGACCCGAAGAAUAAUCCUCUUCUAAUGCCGUUUGGUAGUUUACCAAAUUUAGGCGCAUUAAGCGGACUGGGCAAUCUUAGUAACCUAAGUAACAUGAGUUUAACAAAUUCUUUAUUCGCAAAUCUUGCUGGACUUGGUUUACCAUCAUUAGCGGGUAUGGAAGCUGCAUUAGGCGCGACCGCGACUAGCACAGCGGCCGACACAAAUCCAGUCGUUAGUUCUGUUAACAGUAAAAACACAGGUUCAACAAAUAUUAGUAGCUCCGGUAAAUCCCGCAGUAAAAUGGAACCACCUACAAGUAAAUCUUCGAUGCCUUCAACGUCAUCAGCAUCGUCUACAAUACCAACAACGACGCCGUUCCCUUUCUUUUUCCCAAAUCCCAGUCUUUUAUACACACCGCUAGGAUUGGGUGGUUUGAAUCCAUUCUCGAUGCAACCCGGUGGAGUAUCAUCGGCCUAUGAAAGUCUUGCCCAGUGUGGUCUUUUAAAUCCACCGACUUCGAGUGCCUCAGCAGUGCGUAAACCUACAUCAUCGGGAAAUAAUUCAAGGCAACGAGACACGAUCACGGAUUCAACAACUAAACGAAAGGAUAGCGAGAAGAAAUCCCGAUAUACUGUCGACCCUGGAAUAACAUUGCAACAAUAUACGGAUAUGACGUUGCAUAACGAGGACAGACGUAGAAUAGAACAUGAAAAAAGAGAUACUAUAGAACAGAACGACAUAGCAGAUCUCUCUGAAAGACGAAUCGAAAGAAAGAACAAAGAACAGGAAAUGAAGGAAGCUCUGGAACAUUUAAGUAGAACCAGUGCAGAACUUUUGACAAGAAAUCUUGAAGAUAUUCAACGAUCGGGUGAAAAAAGAGGCCGUAAUGCGGAUUAUAAUCAGGGUCACGAGCAGCAGCCAUCGAGCAUGCUUGAAGUAACUCUCGAACCUGUUACUAAAAAGUCGAGGAUCGAAAUUGAAGUUAGUGCAAAACCUAUGACAGUCACGCCGGUAACAACUAUAACGUCUGCGGAUGUAUCAACAGUUGAAAUAGAACAAGCAAUUCGAUCGUCGUCUACGGCGGUUAAACAGGCUCCUUUAGAGGAGAAUAUUCCUUUCAACGAAGUAUCUUCAAAUCCUACUAAAAAAGAUAUUAACGAAACGGCUGCUUUAGUAACAACAUCUGUAUCAACAAUCACAGGUACAACUACGCUUACAGCAACACCAACACGUACAUCAACGCCUACACCAAUUCACAUCCCAACUUCUACCCAUACACCGACAUCUACUCCAACACCUACACCAACUCCUACCUCCACAUCCACAUCAUCAAUAUCGACAUCUACACCAAUACUAACGUCUGGUUCUACACCGGUAACGACGGUUUCGGAUGAUGCGACUACAUCGCAGCAAAGCGCUACUAACAGCAAGGGAGAUACGCCAAAGCUUUCAUCGGAAAUGGAAGAAGAUAAUAAAGGCACCAAGGGGAAGAAAGCACGAAGUGGUAAACGGCUAUGCGUAGAACCGCCUCCGGAACGAAAAAAUCUUCGUUCCAGUGCUGGAAGACAGGCAAGAGCAGCGGCGGAACGACAAGCGAGAAUGGAAGGUGAACUACAAUCUGACCAACAACAAGAGACUCAUACAACGAGCGAGUGAAGUGAACGUUUUUAAGUGAGUUCCGAAUAAUGGCUGGGGAUAACGAUAAAAUCUUCUGUUGUUGCGUCUAUUUUUAUUGCAAUAAUUCUGCAAUAUUCGCACAACGAUAUUUCCAGAUAAAUCGUCGAUCGAUAGACAUUUAAAUAAAAUGAUCCAAUGCAUCGACAAUUGUUAGUUAAAAUAAAAGCACAAGUGCAUUCGAAGAACUUGAACAUAAAAAAAAAAAGAAAAACAUUUAUAGAAAUUGAUUUCUCCCAUUUUGUAUGAAAGAAAUGGGACAAGUAAACAAGGGCUCGUGUCAUUAAGCACGUGCACAUUACCAUUACUGUCAGUGUGAAUGUAUAACAUGAAGCUGUUAAGUACGAAGGCUGGCAAUAGUAUUUUAUCACUCGAUAUAUUGUGUGGUAAUUAACUUUUAAUUAUAUAACAUUACAAUAACAAAAUAUAGUUUUGUUAAAUUUAUUAUUCUUUAUGAUCUUUAUUGGUUUUGACGAGGGACUGUUUUAUAUAACUGCUAUCACACUAUUGCGUAGUCGUGCGACAGUUCGCGGAUCAUUCAGGCAUAAAAUAAGAUAUAAUCAUAUUGUAGCAAAAUAACUUUAGUAAUAACUUAAUAAAAAAAAACAGGAACAGUGUAAAUAUUAUAUACAUUAUGCCUAGAGACCUUAAGCGAUCGUGUACUUGGAAAAAUGUAUAUAACACAGUGUACUUUUAAUUACAUUAGGUGAUACAAUAAACAGCUUCUUUUGUUGUUUGCAAAUGCCAACAUUAGAAUCAUUGUUUUGAUAAUUAUGCGCACCUUUGUCAAUGAACAGCCUUACAAAAAAUAAGUUUGUGAAUUGUAGUAAUAGAAACAGUGGAAAGUGUGCAUGGAAGAUAUGGACUAUGAAAACCCAAAAGCAUGAAAAAUUAAAUAUAUAUAUAUAUAUUUUAAAUCAUUAUUUUCAAUUAUUUUUGUCGUAAAUUAUUAAUAAGAAAUUUUAAAUAAAAAAAAUGUUCAUUUCUACUGUAUUCUUUUUGAAGUGAUACAAUUGUUAUGUACCGAUGUUAAGGCACUAACUGAAAAAUACGCUUAUUUAUAAUUAUACUUCGAGGAAUA